CUUUCUUUCUCGAAUCCUCAUACGAUGGAGGAAGAAGAACUUACGACACUGCAAAUAGACAGAUACACCCGCUCCCUCGCCGCAUGUCUCGCCCCCGGCCCACUCAACGGCCAGUUCGUGGGCAAAGUUACGCUACCGACGAAGCUCGAGGCGAUACUCCCAGAGCGGGUUAAGCCGCCGCAUAGACUGUGUCCCUCCAUCCCCGUGGAGUCAAUCGUUCAACAUCUAAAGGAUUUGCUGAGCGACGGUCUGGGAGCGGAAUUGCAUUCGGGCUGCAAUGGCGACCUGGCACAUAUCAUCUUGCCAGUUCACCUACCGGUGGCGAAGUAUAACGAGCAGCAGUGGAGAGGAGCCCUAGCUGGGGAGGUGACAGAGGAGGAGUGUAAGGCUGCCGCUUUGUUAUUUCCGGCUAUUCCACCCUUCGCUCCUAUGUUUCUAGGAGGCACUCGUUUCACGGAAUUCACGCCGACACCCAUAUCGGUGAAAUCGGCCGACCUGUUUACGGCUACGUCUGAGAAUAGACUCGAGGGUAGCUUCGCACUCGGGGAAACAGAGACAUAUACCCGAGAAUCACUGCCACCUAAAUCGCCAUCUACAGUAUCUCAAGCCUCCUUACCGUCCUUUGAGUCGCUCGCUCUAAAAGCCCCAACCUCACCUCACCUCCCAAAGAAUAAACCACUCCCAUACCGAAUCCAACACACGUUCCUCCCAUCACUCCAAACCCUCCUCGAGGAAGCUUGUCACAGCUACAUCAAUGUUCACAAUCAGCAGCUUCUCACGAAACACGGCUGGACAGACCCGCAGGCCGCAGAAUUGCAUGUGUAUGUUCGGGAGAUCAUUGCUAUCUGGCCCGGGGGUCCAAGUGCACUCCCGAUGCUCAAAGCACUCCCGCAGCUGCGACAUGAGGCUGUUCACCGGGUUCCAGUCUCAUUCGCCAGGAUGAAUGUGUUUUUUAAUUUGGCGCUACUGUGUACGGAUGCCCUCGGGACCGACAAGGUUGGAAAGAGGAUUCUCCGACUACGGAAACGUUUCGAUCGUUGGCACGAUAAGCAGUCGCUUCAGGAGGAUCUGGCUGAAAUGAUGGAGGAAAGGAUGAGACACCUUGAGCUGGUGCAGAGGAAAGUCGCAAAAGAGAUAUCGCAGUGGGAGGCUUUCGCAUUGCAACGCACGGCUUGCCCGCAGCAACCGGAGCGUGUCGAGUUGGCUCGGCUGAUGGCAGCUGUUGAACCCAUAUUAUUCCCCCAGGCGGAUGAUUAUGGGCGGGACGAGGAGGAGAAGGAAGAGGAAGAAGAAGGGGAGGAGGAUUCCGGCUAUGCCCAGCUGCAUCAUGGUUUCCCGCAGUGGAAAUUCAGAGAUGAUACAUAUGUCGGGGAAUGCGAGACCGAUCGGUAGAUUGGCUGUUGUACGAUGUUGAUAGUGGCGGGGAGAAAAGAGAAACGUGUAGGUACUUGGUGUUGAGGGCACUCUGACAUCUCUCUUCUCAAUUACAUCUGUGAUAUGGCUAGAGAUACGUAAUCAUCUAUUGUAUUGUACAAUACAUCGAUG